UCUUGCAAAAUGGUGGUUUAUGUUUAUUAUUGUUAGAAUCCGGCGUAAGGCGUUAUAUUUUUUAUACUAACUCAAGAAUAAUUACGCGAAAUGAUUAAAUUAUCAGCUUUGAAUGAUGAAUCUGAGGAUGAGAGUGAUUCAGAGGUGGAAGUAUCGCGGGAAGCGUUAGAGCAGAUCGCAUUGCAGCAGUACACUAAAGCUUUGGAUUUGCAGCGAAAAGGGAAUCUCAUUGAAGCUACGCAGCUUUUAAAGGAUCUUUUGGACACGGAACUGUUGUACGACAUCAAGAAACCAGGUCCUGGUGAGAAGGUAUCAGGGCCUUUGUUCAAUUUGAAGUAUCUUUGCUAUAAAAACUUGGCUUCUCUAUUAACUACAGCGGGCGACAUCGAAGGUGCAAUCGAGGCGUAUAACUCUGCCGCUGAACUAGAUGAUACCGAUAUAACACUCUGGCAUCGUUUUGGCACUGUCUGCUUAAAAGCUAAACACUAUGAGACUGCUCUCUACGCAUUUCAAAAAGGUGUAGAACGUAACCCUCGUCAUUGGCCAUGUCUCGACAAGUUGAUAAUCAUUUUGCUCGGUUUAAAUUAUAAAGAGCAGUGUCUUGCCGCUAUUCACGAUGCAUUGCAACUUGAUCCUGGUUACAUGAGGGGCUUAGUGUAUAGAAAACAUAUUUAUAAGCUUUACAGUCACAUGCAGGAAUAUAUGGAAUGUAUUAACCCAAUUUAUAAAUGGAACCCAGAAGGUGAUGAUGUUAUAGAUGAAGAAAAAGCUGAGACACUGCUCAAAGAAGCUGAAAUAAUCCAUAAAGUGUACAUAGAACAGCAGAAAGCUGAAACAUUUAAGUAUAUUGUUCCCAAACUCAAAUUAAAGAAACCAAUAUCACGAAUGUCAUGGCAAUCUGUUGGCGAGUCUUUAGUUCACUUGCACCAUUACAUCACUGAGCAUUGUUACAGCCAUGCAUGCUUUGUAGAGAUCUCAACUGAAAAUGGGAAUGAAGAAGAAAAAAUGGAAGUAUGUGAAGAACAAGAGUCAGAUGACAAUAAAGCGGAAGACAAUAUCACAGAUAAUGAAAAAGUAACAGAAACAGGCUCCGAGAAUGAGAAUAAUGACUUGUCCGACAAAGACAAAGCAACAGACAGUGAAAAAGUUGAAUGUAUUGAGAUAACAUUAGAACCUACAACAGAGAAUGUUCCAGAUAGUAAAAUACAGAAAAAAGCGCCAGCGAGGCGUAGAGGGAAUCCCCUAAAUAACCUCAAGAUGUGGGGAUGGUAUGAACGAAAGCCUCUUCGAAAGAAACCGGAUGAUGAUGACAAUAUAUAUGAAAUGUUACGUAGAAUGGUGCCAAUCGCAUUAGUCCCAGAAGUAGCAACUAAAAAAGAAAUGCAAGCAAAGGAAAACUCUUCUGAAAUAUUAAAUACAGAUAAAUUAUUCGAAGAGAAAGAAUCAGAAAAACUUGGUGAUGAUACAGUAUAUUUUGGUACUGAAAGUGAACAAAAUGAAGUGAAGUCAUUUGUUGAUAAAUAUACAGAGAACCAAAGAGAUAUAAUUGAUUUGUUAAAAGAGUUUCUGAGUAUUCUGGCUGGGAAAUGGAAAUCAAAGUGGCCUGAAGCACUUCAGAAAGUUUUUGUAGAAGCCACCAAAUGUUAUAGCAACCACAUUGAUAUUCCCGCAUGUACAGAUGAUAACAAACAAGAUUUACUACAUUACACAUCUGUUAAUAUGUUGGCUGAAGAAUUCACUGUCAAUGAAAAAAUUAAUUUGAGUCUUGAAGAGAAAGCAACGCAUGAAUUGAAUGUGAUUGAGUCUAUAGAAAUCAUUUUAACAUUAAAACCUCACAUAUACUCAAGUACGGAUUGUUUGGAAAUGAUUCUGCGGUCCCUCUGGCUUAGAUUACAUAUUUACAUACUAAAUAGACGUGAAGAACUUGCCUUAGAUUGCUCGUACCAGCUUUUGAGUGAAUUUGAUGCUAUGGGAGAACAUCACGACAUGUACAGUCUGAACAUUCCAAACUUUACAUUCAAAACUGAUGUAAAUGAACACGAAAUUAUAGAAUACAUAAAGUUUUUAGAGAGGAACAAAAAGUUAUCAACAGUAAUGGAUUUGUACAGACGAGGUAGCUAUGAGGAAGUGUUGUCAAUCCUCAUUGAAUCUUUUGAGCAUUGCAAAACAAUUGCUAGAAAAAAAGAGGAAGAUAUGCCUUUAGACUUCUCCGUUCAACUGUCUCUAAUAUUGGACGCAUACUGGGCUUUGGAUAAAGUUGAAUGUUGUUUCAAAUGGUCUCUGAUAUGUUUACAUGAAGCUCUGAAACAUUACUUCCGUCUUACAUCCGGUUCUGCAGAUUAUGAGAAGUGGAGCCUCACUGUCAUCAAAGUUUUGAGUUGUAUGGAACACAUUCUUAGUACAGAAGGAUUGUCAUGUUUAGAAACAGUUACACAGAAUGAACUAGGACAAGGGCUUGAGGAUCUAAUAAGAAUAAUUGGGCAUCAAGUAGAAAUGAACGCAACAGAGAUGCCAUUCGAUACAGUCUCCCCUUGGAUUAUUAUGCACUAUAUUUUGCAGAGAGAAGAAGAUCAAGGAAGGAGCAGAUCUCUUUCAGACAAUGAUAGGAUAGCAUGUGAUGAAGUGCCAAAUCCAUUGAUGGUAUUGUUUAUAGCUCAUGAACAGUUGGGCGCGAGGAGCUGGUGUUGCAAGUCGGAUGGAAAACUUCUUUAUUUUAUCCUUGACACCGUUGUUCCCCGCCUUCAAUCGCCAUCUCUGUCAAAAGCUUUGGAGCAAAUAAACCAGUAUCUGGAACAGUGUGUAUUUUGUCUCUAUGGUCAUCCGGGAAGGAAGAAUAAAUUGAAUAAAUAUCUCGUUGACCACAAUGUUACACCUCAAGUGUUAGAUUGGAAAAGAGCUCAACAGAUAUAUGAAAUCUUUAGACCUCUAGAUUUGCCGCCGCUGGAGGGAAAAGUGUCUGGGAUUUCCUCAGACACAGAAAACUUAUUUCACCGUAUUUUGUCACUUUUGCCAGCAGAAUGUGACCCUUCAAAAUAUGUGCCAGAAAUGAAAAAAUAUAUUAAAGGCAUAGAACAGAAACCGCCGUUAGUGCCACCGUUGUUGCCGUACAAGAUGAAGGAUAUCUAUUUUUUAUUGGGCGAUUAUUAUUUUAAAAAGAAUGACACGAAAUUGGCUAUUAAGUAUAACACAUUGGAUGUGUUACUGAAUAACGAUCGAUUUAAGUCUUGGGCUCAGAUAUCGUUAGCCAAAGCGUCGAAUUUAGAAAGGGCCUUGAAUUUGUACAGAAAUAUAAAUAACGAGAAAGAUUUUCUCGACCCAGCCAAGACGGCGAUUAGAUGUUUUAAGCGUUCACUAGAAUUAGAUCCUUCGUAUCGUUACAUGUGGAUAGAAUUUGGCAAUUUCGUAUAUUGUGUACAUUCGUUCUGUUCGAGGCUCUUGAAACAGGCCACAGAAUCGAUUGAUUUGGGAGAAUUCCAAGCUUUCGAAAAGCAAAAGGAAGAUCUUUUAGACUUAACCUACAAAUGCUUCAUUACGCUACGUGAUGAUCUCAAUAAUAGUUGUGAUACUGACAAAUCAAAUGAGGAAUCCUGGUUAUUAUACUACAUGUUAGGCAAGGUAGCUGAGAAACGCAAUAAACCACCCUCCGUGUACCUUAACUUUUAUUUACAAGGAGUCAAAAAUUUGCAAGAAGCUGGGGCUAUAUAUCCUUCUAAAAUAAAUUACAACUCACCAUCUCACCUGUCAAUAGAAGUUCUCGAAUUGCACUACAGAAUACACGCUUCUAUUCUCAAGUAUAUCGAACAACACGAGAACAAGCCUAUACCUGCAUCUGUAGGAAAGGUGUUUUUGAAUUGUAUAGAUGAGUGGGAGAAAGGUCCUUACAAGAGAAGACCUAAGAAGGAUAAUGUUUCCAUUGCCGAAAGCGAAAUGAAAGCGGAAGAGUCUCCGGCCGUUCACGCUGCCAACAUACUCAAACGCUCCAUUAGCGACGCGGGCGAGGAGGACAACCGCGAAGCGAAAAGACUCAAGUUGGAAUCUGCUGCCGCUAAAGUUAGACGAUCGGCUUCCUAUGAUACUGAACGUACCGGGAAUAAAGAACCUCAAAAACAACCUGAAGUUCCAAUAAACGACGGUAAAGAAAUCGCCCCCACCACUACGAAUGAUAACCAAGAAGCUGUCGCUGAUAAAGAAUCACGUUUGCCUGCUGUCAAAUCCACAGAAGAACAGAUUGAUAAGCAGGAGGUUACUUUGCCGCAAACGAAUCUGAAUGAAGAUGAUAAAAAACAAGAGACUUCUAAUUCCUCCUCUUCAACGUCUUCUUCGGACUCCUCCAGCUCGAGCGAGUCCUCCUCGGACAGCAGCAGUGACUCCAGCAAAGACACCGAUGCAUCAAGCAAGUCUUCUCAAGAUUCGAAAAGUUUGACUGAUGAAGAAAUAAAGAAAAUAGUAUCAGCGUGCCUCGACGCGCUCGAAGAUUGCGCGAGCCGCUUCGUGCCGCACUAUAAAGCUCUUUACAGACUUGCACAUUACCACUUCUACUAUAAAAAAGGAAAGGACAUCGAACGAUGCCGAGACCUUAUGCUAUCCACCUUCACUUCGAGGACUGGAAAAAAAAUGACUGGCCUUUUCAGUGAAAGAAAGCCUUCUAAUUUCUUUAAUAAUAUUUGGUUGUUGCGUGCCGAAGAGGUGGAAAGAGCGGGAGGUUUCGCGUUUCAUAUGAAUCGCUCUGUCCUUCUCACUUUGGAAAUAUUGAAAGAGAUAGAUGACCACAAAACCUUGCUCGAUCUGAGCUUACACCUGCAGAGGACACCAGACCUCGAUAAAAAGUAUCUAAAAGAUUCCGAUAGACAGGAGUUGGCGACGCAAGCGUUUUCUUUGUGUGUCCAAUCUCUCAAGGGGCAAUUGCAAAAGUUUAGCCAACAAGCGGACAUAAAGAGCAACAAUGUAGAGAGAGAAGCGUUAAAAUGUUUCAUGCUAGACAUUUACAAAGCCUAUUACAAAGUAGUUAAACAACCGAAUUCAAAGCAACUCGUUAAUUUGCUCGUGGACGCUUACAAAUUAGUCUGCAGGCAGCCUCUAACGGAGAACAUGAAUCUAGUCGAUCUCAGUCUGAAAUAUGUUUCCAAUCUGAAGCAGCAAGCGACUCAAGCGAGCCUCCAGAAGAAACAAACUACCAAAGCUACGGUCGUCGAGCCCUCGAAGACGGUGACAGUUACGACUUCGCAACCUAAAGUAGACCCCAAGCCGCCGAGUGUUUCUUCCGCUUCUGGGUUACCCAAGAUGUCAUCGCACGAAAUGGCGGCAGCGUUUCAAAACUACGUCCCGAUGCUCAACGAUCCAGUGUUUUCGCAACUAUCCCUGUCUUACAUCAGCGCACUCGCCGGUUAUCCUCUCCAGAACAGUUUGCAAUCCUCUCUUCAAAAUUCGCUACAAAACUCUUUCCAAGCCGAGUUCUACCGUCAAUUCAUGGGUCAAAACUUCUCUUCGUAUGUGCAGCCUCAGAAGAAACAGAAGCGAGCUCCGAAGCAGCCGUCCACUAGUCGGAACGUGGCACACGUGAAAAAUAAUCCACCGAAACCUUACUCUGCACCGACAACUGUAACUAAAGCUGCACCGACUCCUGUUAUAACGAGCCUGCAGAAAUCUGCGUCGGCGCCGUUAGCUCCCAGCAUGGGAACAGUGUUGUCAAGUUUACCUGCCUCUAUGAGUUCUAAUUUAUCACCGUUUGGCGCGAAAUCGUCACAUACUAGUGCACAAAGCUCAGCUCCUCAGGCGCAUAUGUCCAGUUCGUCGUCUACUAAUGCUCCUGUCCACUCCAAGCCACCGAUGCCGCAUCAGCAAGUUAGUCCCGGUAAAACGUUGCAGGAGAAAUUGGCCGAGCGUCAGAAGAGCAUACCUUCAGCGCCUAAAGACAUCAACGCGUCCAUAAGUCGAUUACCAUCCUCCUUAACGAUUACCAAAACCUCUGCGCAUAAGCAGCCUUUAGUCCACGGCAAGAGACCCGAACCGAAAAAAUCACUUGCAUUUGAAGAACUCAGACCUAAGCCUAUAUCUUCCGAUGAAGUUAUCGUUUUAGAUGACGAUUAGGUUUUAAGUUAAAAUUAACUAUAUUAAAUUUUAAUCAAAAUGGACUGAAUCAAUAAAUUAACAAUUAAUUUAAAAGUCAAUUUUCAUCCAAAAAAUAUGGCAGAUGGAUAUGUGCAAAGCAAAGAUCUGUUUUAUUGGUUGCUAAUGUGCAGGCACAAACUUUAAUUAAUAUGUAAUAAUUUCAUUUGGUAUAAUAUAUUGUGAUUAAUUGUAGUAAUGUAUGUAUAGAAAUUGAAAAUUUAUCAGUAUUAAAGCUUUUUAUUCUGAA